AUGCAGUACGCACAGAAUUGUUUUUCAAAUUACAUUAAUGACCCUAAAAUGGAUGACCCACUAAUAGUUUGUUCAAACUCAAAAAUAACUAAAAAACUAUCAUCAAAAAUUUAUAAUCCAAGGGGAAGGCCAGAUAAGUCACAAAUCAUCCAGUUUGGUCCGCAGCCAAUGUCAUAUAUUUCGCAAUUAUUGAAAAACGAAAGAUAUUAUAACGAAUUUAGGGAUGAGCCCAUGAAGACCCAAUUGUUCUCUCAGAAAAAUCAAGAUUUAGAAACUGUCGAUGACGUCUAUUCUCCUAUGAAUCAUAAUAAGAAAAAAUAUAAACAAUUUUAUACUGAUAAAGAAUAUUUUUGUGAAUAUCCUAAGUGUCCUUACAAAACUAAGUUGUCUUCAAAUUUAAUUAAGCAUAAAAGGAAACAUACUUCAGAAAAACCAUUCUUAUGCGAUCAGUGUACAUUCAGGACAAACUUUAUUAAUUCACUGAAUGUUCAUAGAAGAAUUCACACAACUGAAAGGCCAUAUGCUUGCAAAUUCUGCAAAUAUAAAUGCAACAGUAGUUCUAACUUAAAAAAACACUGCCGACACAGACAUAAAAAUUAUUCUUUAGAGCUAGCUAGCUAG